AUGAUACUAUUUUUCAUCAUCUUUAGCCAAACUAGCUGCACCGACAAUUUCGACAAAGAGACACAGUCCAAAAGACAUUUCGAGAAGUUCUCUGGAGUGCUACCUAUGAUCAUGAAACCCGGUUCCAGUCUUUUUCCCACCUAUGUCAUAAUACUCCUAGCAUUGGCAAUGGCCUCUAACAAGUUGUCGGUUGUUGACGCGUUUAGAUGUCAUUUCUGUGCCGGCGGAGUCGCAAACUGCAACCAGAUAUCCCUAAUUGAUGUCAGAGAUUCUGGUAAAAUCUGUCAAAGCGAAAAUUCAUGCUCCAUCACGCUGAAUGUAAAUGGUCAUCAAGCUAAAGUCCCCAUCUAA